GCCAAACUACACGAGUGAAACUCUCUCUUCUGUCAUCCCAUCCUCACACCGUUCAGCCAAAUCACCGCAGUGCUGAAAGAGUGAUAGAGCGAGAGAGAGAGCGAGAAAGAGAGGGAGAGAACACGCGUGUGGGGUGUGUGUUCGUGUGUGAAAGAGCGAGUGAGGAAGAGAGAGAAGAAAACUGCUAAAUCUGUCAAGGUUUCCCAGGCGAUCGGUUAUUCCUCUCGACGCCUGUGCAACGCUGACUCGGGUCGGGUCGCGUGCUGGAGGAUGAGUUCAUUUAGCACAAGGGCACUGACGCUCCUGUCGUCUGUGUUUGGGGCUUGUGGGUUACUCCUGGUGGGUGUGGCUGUGUCGACGGACUACUGGCUGCUAAUGGAAGAAGGCAUUGUUCUGCAGCAGAACCAGACCACAGAGGUGAAGAUGGCUCUGCAUUCCGGACUCUGGAGGGUCUGUUUUGUAGCUGGGCCGGAGAAGGGGAGAUGUGUGGCAUCUGAAUACUUCACCGAGCCAGAAAUAGAGAUCACUACUGAGAACACAGCCAAUAUACUUAAAAUGGUCAGGACGGCCACCCCCUUCCCUAUGGUCUCACUCCUCUUUGUCUUCACGGCCUUUGUCAUAAGCAGCAUCGGCCACAUCCGUCCCCAGCGCACCAUCCUGGCCUUCAUCUCUGGAAUCUUCUUCAUCUUAUCAGGAUUGAGUUUAGUGGUCGGUCUGGUGCUGUAUAUCUCCAGUAUAAAUGAUGAAGUGAUGAACAGGCCUCGGGAGCCGGAGCAGUUCUUUCACUACCAUUACGGCUGGUCGUUUGCCUUUGCUGCCAGCUCCUUCCUGCUCAAAGAGGGUGCUGGGGUCAUGUCUGUCUAUCUCUUCAUGAAACGCUAUGCCGAGGAAGAGAUGUAUCGGCCCCACCCUGCGCUGUAUCGCCCUCGCCUGUCUGAAUGCAGUGACUACAGCGGCCAGUACCUGCACCCUGAUUCGUGGCCUCCUCCUCAGCGUGGACGCAGCGGCUCCGACGUGUCCAGUGACAUCUCCAUUCAGCUUAACCAGACCGCGCUGCCUCCUCCACCCAAAAGCAGCGGGCCCUCCAAUCCACCCUCUUCCUCGGGCCCCUCCUCCAGGGCCAGCUACCACCUCCCACCUGCUUCCUCCUCCUCAUCCACUUCCUAUCCUCACACCGUCCACUCAUCCCAUUCCGGUGGCCGCGCCCCUCAGUCCCUCCCAAUGGCCACGCCCCCAUCUGCUGUCCCCCCCCCUCGCUACCAAACGCAUAUGCGUAUGAGCGCCUCCCCGUGUUAGAGUUCCUCAGUUAAGAUACUUAAAUAUCAGAAAUAUAGGGAUAUAACAUGAGAUAAGAGGAUCAAACUCCAGAGACUAUGGGAUCAAAAGGGUGCUAAGUUGAAAAGAAGUAGACGAGGAAGCACUUCACUUAAAAUUCUGUGCCUGAAUGAAGUUUAACAGAUUCUCAGAGCAAGAUUAAUAAGUGAGGGAAUAGCAUUUAUACAUAUAGAAAGAAUGUACGGUGGAGAAAGAAAAGAGGAAAAGGUACAAAAUACUGACUUUCUGAAAAUAGUUGUACACAUUUAAAUUUGUAUGUAAAAUGUUUAAAUCUUGUUGCACACCCUAACAGGUUUAAUCCCUUCAUACCUCAUAUAUCAUGAGCUCCAUGAGGUUAUUUAUCCCACUUUUUGUUUAGACUAAAACAAAAAGACACGAAUUUGCCCCGAAGGUGGCAGAUUUCUUUAAAUGGGGUCGCAGAUUUAUUUCAACAAACAAUUUCUGUAUAUAAUGUAUCAAGAGCAGUAGUCAUCUAGCGUAGUGCAACAUAUUUACUUGUUUUAUCAUUUGGGCAAAGAAAAAAUUGGUCCUUUGCUAUCAAUUUGUAAUGUUUUUAGAGCGGUACAUCAGGGAAGAUGUGCUACAAAGCUGGCUGAUGUUUCUUAACUGGGAUGUUGAGGGCUUGGCACCAUGGCCCUCGAUAUGCAUUGUGUUCUCAUUUAAAAACAAAAACAAAAAAGUAUUAAAAACAUUUAGCGGUGGUAUAGCACGUUUGGAAAAUUUUUAACCUAUUUACCUUGACCAGGAAUGAAGGCUGACUAUAUGAAUUCACUGUUCAAUCAUCAUCUUAAAAAUCCAGUCGUUACUUCUCGUUUAUUAUUGCUAUUAUUACUACAAUGAUUCAUUAAAUUUUUUAUUAUACAAAAUUAACAGUUAACAUAAAUAUAUGUAUUUUAAAAAAUCAGAAAAAAAAAACAGAUUCAAAAGCACAAAACAAUGUGGUGUGGGUGUUUCCCACCUUGAGAGCUCCUGUGAUAUUUCGCCAUCUACUGGUCAACAGUAUAAGUGCAUCAAAUAAGCAUUGAUGUACCUUGUAUGGUACCAAGAUAUAUGAAUCUGUAUUCGAUUUAUUGACUCAAAUGAGGCAGAUGAGUCAGCACUUCCAUACCUUGUGCCUGCGGAUGCUGAAUCGAUUGAGCAAUGCAGUAAAGACAGUUUAGACCAAUAAAUCAGUCCCUUUUCCCAAUGCAUAAAUGUUGACCUUUGUCAAAAAAUAUCCUUUAAUACAUAGAUAUUAUCAUAGUGACCUGUUAUGCCCUUAAAACUGAUGUUUUAAUGCACAAAAUCUUGAGAUAUUUUCCAGCGUGUUAUAACUGAUAGAGUUCAUUAUUAAGUGUAAAUAAAUACAGUAUUAUAAUCAUAAAUAGUUAUGAAAUAUGAAUAGUUAUGAAGAACAGGACUGGAUCCUGCUGGAUAGUAAAGAAAUAUAUAGCAUAACAAUUUAUAUUAUAGCCAUAUUACAAGUGAAAUUUGUAUUUUUAGAAUUGAAGGUAUGAUUUAUGGAAAAUGAUUUUUGAAUCCCAGUAUUUAUUCAAGCAUUGCUUGAACAAAUUUGGUUUGCUUUUAAGUCUAAAAUGUGAAUAACUGUUUGUUUCGUGUCUUUUACUAAUAAUUGCAUUAUAAUGAGCUUUCUGCUAUUACAGUUCCAAGUGACAUUUGUUGUUGUUGCGGUCUGCGCUGAGGGUCUGGCUUAUAAAUAUGUAUGUACCAUUUUGCAUGACAAUUUUUCAUCUUCAUACUUCUUUCCUCUCAAGCAUUUUUAUUUUUAUUUAUUUAUUUAUUUUUUGCUUUUUCCCGGUUGGCCGUCCUUUGUCUUGAUUUGUCUCUCUCAAUGUCCCAUUAAGCUAAAGCUGCUUCACUCAUUUGACUUGUCUUUUCCUCUUUUACCCUUCAUUUCUCUCUCUUCUCUCUCUCUCAUCCUUCCUGUCUUUAGUUUUCAGUUAUCAGUAUUGCAUGCCUUUCAUUCCAUAGUGCCAAAGCAAUUGUGCCUGACUUAAGAUGAUGAUGAUGACAGUUAUUAUUAUUA